GUUGUCAUGGAUACCAGAUUUUAUUGGUUCCAAUCGUUUUGGUUCCAAUCUUCUAGCGUUUGCAUUGUAUCCGUUGCAUGCUAUUUUGUUAGUGGUGCCUCCUAUAACGAUUCAAAAAGUUUUAGUGUGAACCACAUCUGAGGUGCUAAAGAGGAUACGACUUCAAAACAAAACAAAAUGUCAAGUUCAUCUCCAACCAUCUCAUUAAAAGAAAAUUCAGAGUUUUCUGAUAGUGAAGAGUUGCUCUUGUGUGCAAAUGCAGCAACAUAUUCAAAAGAUUUAUACUUUAGUUUGGGUGGUGAUACUAUAUCUCGUAGCAAGAGUGAGCCAGUGUUAGAAUGUUCCAUUAGGGAAGACAGUGUUUCAGUUCACAGUGAACCUAUCCAGAAAGUUUUCAUCCCUCAAAAACUGAAAGGGAGUCAAAAGAAUAUCAGUGAUGUUUUUCUUAAACAGAAUUUAUUGGAAACCGAAAGUGAACUUAGUUUCAAUGAACUGAAGCGGAGAAAGUCAACAGACCCUCAAAGCCACAGAGAUCCAGUAGUUGUAUUUUGGGAAAGAAGUGACAGGCGAGGAAAUAUUGAUAGUGAUAUCAUUGUAAAAUUCUCCCUUCCUGGUGGGGAGGUAUUUACCCAAUCUUUUUCAAAAACUUCUACCAUUGCAGAAAUGAAGAAAGUUGUUGCUGAAAUGUUUAAAGUGCCUUCUAAUAUUUUGCAGUUGAUUCAUAAUGCUGAAAGUUUGCAAGAUUGUUUAUGCGUUAAUGACAUAGCAAUUGAACGUUAUGGAACUGUCACUUUUCAGCUCUCUUCUCUUGAUUCUGAUCGAUACCCAUUAGUUUUAAACAAUGUGUACCCUGAUAUCCCCACUAAUGAUGUCCUUACAGUUAUGAUUCGUAAAGGAGAGCAUGUAAAACAAGUUAUAGUUGAAAUAGAAAACCGCGCUAUAUCAAAACCUUUUUUAGGUGGAUAUCGUCACAAAUUAACAAAAUUAGAAUAUCACCAUGCUUUUACACAGACUGCUCCCAGGCAACCAAAGGAAAACAUUUCUAGUCGAAACACACAAACUCCAGGGAUGUGUAGAGUAGUUGAAACUAACAAAGCUAAAUCCACUCAGACGUCUCUUGUAAUAACAGAAUUAGAACAGAGCAUUGUCAUUAUUGGUGAUCCAGAAAGACGUAUGAAAAAAAUAGACCUUGAAAAUAAGGCUUUUGAAGACAAAGUAUUGUUAAUUCAGAGAAAUUUGCGAUCCUGGUUAGUUCGUAAGAUGAUGAUGAAAAUGAAGGAGGAGUAUAAGAGAUGUAUUCAGUGGGAAAAACAGCGACAAUUAAAAAUUGAGGAAGAAAAAGAAAAUCAAAAAAUAGAAAAGAAAAAAGCACAGACAAAGCCUGAAACGCGAGGGCACUUCGAGCUUUUGUAUCAUAACUUAGAAGAAUGGCGCAAAGUAGAAACAGAUCGAAUAAAUAAUUUAGGUAGCAUCGCUCUACGAAAAUCAGAAGCAUUCUCAAUGCUUGAAAUGGAAAUACAAUAUAUCAACUCAAUAGAAAAACAACGAAUUCAACUCAAAACAGUGAACCAGAGAAGAGAUCAAGAAAAGUUAUUGGAAAAAACAGCUUCUCCAAUCAAAUGGAGGGGAAACAACGGUCAAAUUCUUUCUUUGGACAGUUUAGGAACACAAAAAGCUUGCCGUUUUAGGAUGUUGUAUCAGAACCUUCUCAAAGUUGAUGUUACUGUAGAGGAAAGAAUCGGCUUUCUUGGUGAUAUCAAAAAAGCAGUUUCUGUUGAGGAGCAUAGUCUUGCGCCUGAACUUGUGUCUUUACUAGACCGUGAACAUCAUAUACUGCUGCGCGAGAUAAAGCAUGGUAAUAUUGAUACUUUAAGGGAUCGAAUUAAUUAUUUAUUCUUGGAAUACAUAAAGGAUCCUUCUGUAAACCCCGAAGCAAGGAAAUAUCUGCCAGAGAAUUCAUUUCAGAAGGUUCAAACAUAUAAAUGUUUAUCCUGUCAAAAUGUCUUGCCAUAUUAUAAAUUUUCAUUACAUAGUAAGGCCCACACAUUUAGAAAAUGCCACAACUGCAGUUGGCUUCGUGAAAUAGGUGGACCCAGAGUGGACAUCAACCCAAUUCGUCAUAUUUUAAAUGCAGUGAGAAGAGAGGAAUUGAAACAAAGUUUUUACACAUCUGUUGCUCUCAUAAUGCAAGAACAAGACUUUUACCAUCUUAUAAUUAACAUCUGGCUUGGCCACUCAGCAAUUGGUGGCUCAGGCAAUUUAGAGGAGCUUCGCUUGGGGCGUUGGGACUUUACUCAAAGUUGGUCACCGUGGAACUGCAUUUUGCUCACAGCAGCUGAACUGAAAGCCCACUUGAGAUUUCCAAAUCCUGAUCAAAUUUAUUCAUCAUCUUUUGUAAAGAAAAUCAAACAACGUCAUCAAAUGGGGCGGAUUUACUUUUCAGAGUUAGCAGCAUAUGCAGUCAGAAGGACCUCAGAUAGUACAAUAGUGAGCAAAUUAGUUCAAAAUUUCAAUGCUACAAAAGUUCUUUAUGAAAAAGGUCUUGCAAGGUUAGACGCAUGCCCAAAAUAAACUUGCUGUCAGUUUCUUC